AUGUUUGAAAGGCCGGAAGGCAUAGAGAAUUGUCGAAUCUGGGUCGAUGGCUGUUUUGAUUUCGCCCAUCACGGCCACGCUGGGGCAAUGUUACAAGCCCGUCAAUUGGGUAAAGAACUCUAUGUCGGAGUCCACUCCGACUCCGAAAUCCUCCAUAAUAAGGGCCCCACCGUCAUGAAAUUAGACGAACGUAUGACGAAUGUCCAAGCAUGUAAAUGGGUCACCAAGGCGAUUGAAAAUGCUCCCUAUGUCACCGAUCCGGGGUUUAUGGACGGAUAUGGGUGUAAAUAUGUCGUGCAUGGGGAUGAUAUAACCACGGAUGCCAAUGGUGAGGAUUGUUAUCAAGUGGUGAAAGAUAUGGGGAGAUUUGUGAUUGUUAAGCGGACUCCGAAUAUAAGUACGACUGAUUUGGUGGGGAGGAUGUUGUUGAUGAGUAAAGAACAUCAUUAUCCUAAGGUUUGUUCUAAGAAUAGUGAAGUGUUGUUUGGGGAAGAUAAUUUGGAAAAAUUUGAGAAGUAUGCUAGUGAUGAAACUGGAUUAAAACCUGGUUCGGCGGUUUAUGUGAAUUAUAAAGAUGAAUUGAAGGAGAUUGUUAAACCAAGUGUUGAGAUUGGUGAGAAGGUAACUAAGAAUAUUGUUUAUAUUGAUGGGGGAUUUGAUUUAUUCCAUCCUGGUCAUAUUGAAAUAUUAAAGAUUGUUUAUCAAAGAGCACAAGAAUUGAAUGCCAUAGUGCUAGUUGGUCUUCAUGACGAUUCUACUAUUAAUGAAUAUAAAGGGCUAAAUUACCCAAUUAUGAAUUUGUUGGAAAGAUCAUUAUGUACGUUACAAUGUAAAUAUGUUCAAGCAGUAGUAUUAGGAGCUCCAUAUAAACCAACCCCAGAAUUCUUUGCUAGAUUACCCGGGAAAGUAAUCAAAGUAUAUCAUGGAUCAACACCUUUAGAAACUGAGGGUGUGUAUACCCAAGUUGAAGAUAUUUAUGAAACUAUUGGACAACAUAAAUAUGAUCAUAUGAAUACUAAAUUCAUUGUUGAUCGGGUUUUAAAUAAUAAGAAUGCUUAUGAAGAAAGACAAAAGAGAAAAGGUUGGAAAGCUGAAAUUGAAGCCAAAUUAAAAGCAGAUGAGUCAUCAUCUUCUUCAUUAUCAUAA